AUGGCGCUUUCAUCAAUCCUCAAUGACGCGUUGUCCGUUAUCGCCGAGCCGAGCUCUGACGACCCCAUCCUCCAAUGUGACAUUCCUCACCUCCAAGAUCUUCUUUUCAAUGACACGGAGAAAGCACUUGAGCUUGCGAACUCAAAACUACACUCCUUUCCAUUUAAAGAUGUGCACAUUUGCUGGCAUCGACUCUACACAGACGCGUCUAUCGUCAAGGCCUGCGUCACCAUCAUCACGAAAUGCGGCCUGAUCUCCAAAGCCAGAUUUGAAACCCAGCACCUAGUUGUCUCACAACUGAUUCAAGAUAUAAAAAAUGCAGCAACUCAGCCGAAGGUCUCUCCAAACGCGCCAUGGCUACCAGGCGUUGUGGCAAUCCUUGAUAAUGUCUUGAUCAUGUCCGGAGCCCCCCUCCGCGAGAAGGUCGUCGAAUCCUUGUUGUCCACGCUGCAGGCAGCUACAGAACCUCCCAAAUUCGAAUACGACAGCACUAGUAGCCCAGAAUACCCCACUGCGAAGCGCAGAAAGUUCUCACCUCCUCUCUUUCCUCCAAAUGCGAUCCGUAAACCUGAUCUGGAACACCCGAUCCCGCGUUUAUCGGCGCCAUCAUUUGAUUCCAUCGAACACCACAUUCAAAGCAUUCGUACCCCGCUUGUGAUAACAGAUGCAAUGGACCACUGGCCAGCUAUUUCGACGCGUCCAUGGUCUUCGCGGAACUACUGGUGGGACCGCACGUUUGGGGGUCGCAGAUUGGUCCCCAUUGAGGUGGGAAGGUCGUACACGGACGAAGACUGGGGACAGAAAAUUAUGCCGUUCAAAGAUUUUGUCGACAAGUAUAUAUGGCAAGGCAAACUAGCCCCAGCUGGGGCGCCAGAAAACCAACCCCAGGUCACCAACCUCGAUGGAGAGACAGCAUACAUGGCCCAACACGACCUACUAACUCAAAUACCCGCCUUGCGUAACGACAUCAGCGUACCGGACUAUUGCUAUAUUACUCCGCCGGGUCCAGAUCCGGGAACACCACGAGAGCGCGAGGCGAAAGCCCAAGCACAGGUCCCUGAAACUUCGCAUGGUCCUCAGUCAGACACAGCUCCAAAUGAACAUGACAUAGCCGAACAUGAUUCAGAUUCAGGCUCGGUUCUGGGCAUCCCCAGCGAUCCCAUUAUCAACACCUGGAUUGGACCCGCGUGGACAAUCUCCCCUCUCCACCACGACCCCCAUCACAAUAUCCUCGCGCAGGUCGUGGGCACCAAGUACAUCCGGCUGUACUCGCCACAUACUCCAGACUCUCGGAUCCACCCGCGGGGACAAGAAUGGGUCACGUCUGUUGAUGAGACGGCAGACCCAGAUCCUGUGUCUGGAGAUCGGCCAACGACUCGCAGACUGGUUGACAUGUCCAACACUUCCAAGGUGGAUCUGGCUGCCAUCGAGUCUUCACCUGCUGAAUAUGAGCAAUGGGAAGAGAUGUGGCCUGGGUUUAUGGACGCCGAUUAUGUGGAGACCGUGCUCCAUGAAGGCGAGUGUCUCUACAUUCCUGUUGGUUGGUGGCACUAUGUGCGUGGAUUGAGAGCUGGGAUCAGCGUGAACUUCUGGUGGAAUUGA